AUAGGGGGCCUCCCACAGCCCCCUGUUCACAUCCUUCCUUUUCAUCUGGUCGUCCGCCCUCCAGGUCAGAUUGCAAUGAGUGGACUGAGGUCUCCUGGGUUUCUGGGGCUGAUGCUCCUAAUGCUCUCAGCAGGAUACUGCAAAGAGAAAACUGACUCCACAGAUUUGAAGGACAGGCAAAGUCUCUUAAAUCUGAUCAUGGAGAUCAUUCAGGAACUGAAAAGGUACCACCUGGAGAAGGACAGCGGGGUGCAGUACUUCCCCAAACAUGACUACACCUUAGACCGAAGGGAAGCGGCUGACUAUGGGGGAUACCAGGAUGAACAGAGAGUUGAAAUAGUUCCCAGAGAUCUGAGGAUGAAAGACAAGUUUUUGAAGCAUUUAACAGGUCCUCUCUACUUCAGCCCAAAAUGUAGUAAACACUUUCAUCGACUUUAUCACAAUACAAGGGACUGCACCAUCCCAGCAUGUAAGUGCCAAAAGCUGAGGUUAGCUUUCAUAAAACAUCAAAAACCUCCUAAAUAUAAUAGCUCUAUGGAAUACCAGGUUCAUGAUACCAUGCUAGACUAUGUUUCUUGCAGUGAAGUCUGGAGUGCUCUGAAAGGCACUUACUGGGCUUUAGAGCAUGCUUGCUGGGAUAGUAUUACCAUUAGAGUUUGGAAAGCAGAAACACAACUUCAAUGCAAAUAUACUGCGUAGAAUGACUGUAAACACUGCUUCCUUAGAUACUUACGCAUAGGUCUGUUCAGUUCCAAAUCAAAGGUGUUUAUUUUGCAUAGGAACAUACAACUCCUCUCCCAAACCUCUCAUACUAAAGUAGACUAAAAACAGAAUCAGAAAGCCAGGUAGGACUACUCCUUCUUAUGAAUUAUCUUAUGUAGAACAUAUCUUACAGCCGUUUUAUAUUUUGGCAAGUCAGUGCCAAAAUAGUGAUCUUCCAUGUAAACCUUUGCAACCUUUGUCUUCAGUGAAAUACGUAAGUAUAACUUACUAACACUUAGUAAACAAACCAGCAGAUGGACACAAAUUACAAUAUAUCAGCAGUGUUGGCAGCACAGAGAAUUAAAAAAAAAAAAUCAGAAAUUGACAUUUAUCAGUCAGUAGAUAUGACUCCAAAUUGACGCAGAGGCGAAGAAGAUGCUAUUUUAGUACAGCCUUUUUAGAAUGGAAGAGUACUUUAUUUUACUUCUCUAAGGUUAACCAGUUGGGUCAGUAGCAGUAGCAGAGCUGGGAUUAGAAUCAAGAGUUUCAGAUUCAAAGUUUCAAGUAUUAAUAAAUAUUUCAGCCCAAUGUAUUUUAAAGGCAUAUUUGUUAAGAAUUGCAGAGUUUCUUCCUAUUUAUACGGAUUCAGAUUAGGAUCAUUUUGAAAAGAUAUCAGGCUACUUAAAAUUGAUAAAGAAUUAUAGAUAAUGACUAACCAGGUCAUGUUCAGUUUACAUUGAUUAUAAGAAUGGAGUUGUUAAUAACUAGUCUGUUUUAGACAAACACAUGGUCAUAUUACAUUUUCCAUAAGGGCCACAUCACAAACAUCAUUUGACUCAGCACUAACUGUGAAGCUAAAGACGAGGUGGCCUGAAAGUCGGAAUUGGCCUUUUCCUCCUGACAGGUGAAAUACCCACUGACAAAGUUUUCUGGGUAAUGGAACCUAACUUGUAUAAAUGGCAAUUAUAGCAUAUCUAAGUUGUGAGUUAGGGGUCGUUAACACUGAAUCUCUAGGAAAGAUUAGAUGUAGUUACUCAUUAAUGAAAUAAUACCAAGCAAAAAUUAACAUCACUGGGCUAGUCUUGCUAGGAUCUUAAAACAACUUUCUUGUAGGAACAUGAAGUAAACAACCUCUUGUAAUUCCUCAAGUACAGUAUCAUGUUACUUUUGAUAAUAUUCUGAUUUUAGGUCAAUACUUACCUAUUCAGUCUACGUAGUCACUGAAAGGCAAAUCAACACAGAAAAAGUGCCUAUGAUGCUGCAACAAGGUGGUAGCUAGUAUAAAAGUAUUUUGUGGGCAUACUUUCUAGUGCUUUGUGUAGCACAGUGCAUUGACACAGUCACUAACUUAGUCUACUGUCUGUCCAUGGCCAGCUUUCACAUAAUUUGCUCUCAGGAAAAAAAAAAAAACAAACAAACUUGAUUAGUUUUGUACCUUUGUAUCAGUCCUGUUAAUUGCUACAGAACUCCCUACUGUGAAGGCACCAAAAAGCAGAAGGUGCCUAACAUCAGAAAUAUUAACAAUAGGAAUACUGUGGGAAAACAACCUAACUAGUUUUAAGAUCAAACUUGAUACCAUUAUGAAUGAGUUUAUAUGAUAUGGCUCCUUACUGUAGCUAGGGGCUGGACUUAAUGUUCCUGUGAUUAUAUAGAGAAUAUCAAAAAGAUAGGUGAAAUCAUUCUACACUGGUAUAAGAGAAUGCAUACGUUACGUUUCUAUCAACCAGAGACCUUAUUCAUCUAAUAUAUUAGUUCUUCUAGGAGGAAUAUAUAUUGGAAAGUCACGUUAUUUUUUAUUACG